CGCAUUUGGACCACACCCAUUAAUUAAUGUUUGAGUCACACCCAUUAAUUAAUGUUUGAGCCACACCUCUUAAAUGAGGCUCUGCAGAACUGUACUAAGAAUGGCCAGCACAGCGAAUUCUAGCAGUAUCAGCUCUUAUAGGCGCUAUUCUCUUCAACCAUACACUCCGCCAGAAUGGACAAAGAAAUUACAGUCUCCACCACCCACGCACAGAUUACACAUAGCACAAUUACCUACCCCAAUACAUUCUUGGUCAGUCCCAGGGCUACCCGAUGGAUUCCAACUGUACAUUAAGAGAGAUGAUCUUACUGGAGCAGCACUCACUGGUAAUAAGAUACGUAAACUUGAGUUUCUAAUGGCAGAUGCAGUUGACAAGCAAUGUGACAGUGUCAUUACAAUUGGUGGCAUACAGUCGAAUCAUGCACGAGCAACAGCUGUACUUGGCAGACAACUAGGAAUGCAGCCGCACCUCUUACUGCGUGUCGAUGAUCCUGACCCUGCGAAGGUUGGUUGCUCUGGUAAUCUCUUACUUGAUCGUCUGAUGGGAUCUGACAUAAUACUCUGCCCUCAACGCAAGAAGGAAGACAAGAUAACACAAGAUGGAACACUAGUCAAGGGAAUGGACACAAUAAUGGACGAAUAUGCUCAAUUCCUUAGGUCAAAAGGUCAUAAUCCGUAUCCUAUUACAAUCGGUGGAUCAAACCUUUUAGGGAUAUGGGGAUACUUAGAAUGUUACCAGGAGCUCGUUCAACAAGGUGUAUUGGAACGAUUUGAUGACAUUGUGAUGGCUAUAGGGAGCGGUGGGACAGCUGCUGGCAUUGCAAUUGCUAACUAUUUCAACGGAUCAAAAAUCAAAGUCCAUGCUGUUUGUGUGUGUGAUAAUGCCGAAUACUUUUACAAGUUCAUUGAUGAUCACAUUCAGAUGUUUGGUCUUAAUGGCGUGUCAGCCAGGGAGAUCAUCAACUUGAUUGAUGGCUAUAAGGGCAGGGGAUAUGCUCUGUCAACUGAAGAAGAACUGAAGAGAUUGGUUGAAAUAUCAACUUCUACUGGUAUCGUAUUGGACAGAGUUUAUACCCUUAAGGCUUCCAUUGGAAUGAUAGAGGAGACAAAGAAAAACCCUCAGCAAUUCCAAGGAAGGAAGAUAUUAUUUCUACACACUGGUGGUAUUCAUAGUGUUUUUGAUGGGACAGUGGGAUCUAUAAUGGACAGUGUCAGCGAAAGCAAUAAGAUGUAUAAAUAUGAAAUCCCAUCCUGAUCUGCUAUUUUUUCCAUAAUUAUUAUGUCUCUGGUUUAUUUAAAUAAGAAAAUAAAUAGAUUUUAUAG